AUGAAUGUGGCCUCAGUUUCGCAUGUGAAAAUUUCCAGAAUUCCAACGCCAGUUAAAAGGCUUGUGUGUCAUAAAGAGCCGGGCAAUAACCCGAAAGUAAGAAUCGUAUUGGAAUGUCACGUUAUAGAUAAGCUAUAUAGGCAUAAGGUGGGCUGCUCAGGAUUUCUAGCUACUCAUCAACUAAAUUAUGUUUAUGUACUUUUCAGGCUGUUCCAUCCAACCAGCCAACCAAAAUCCAACUAGUUUCAACUGAUCCUUCACAGAUGGCAGGCAUUAAGAACCCAAAGGUACAGAAAUAAAUCAGUUUGAAAGAUUACCAAAAUAUGCAGCUAAUUUAUUGUUUCUUGAUUUUUAUUUGUAUAGGCCAUCCAGCCCACCAAAAUCUUCCAACCGGUUCAAGCUUUUUCUUUAGAGAAAGCAGGACUCAAUAACCCAAAGGUAAUUAAAAUGCUUUAAAUCAAGUUGUCGUGUGCUGGUAACUCUGUUUGUAAAAGAUUAUGGUGACAACAAACCAACCACCCUUUGCUCCCUCCAUGGCUCUGAUGUUGCUUAGAUACAUGCAUAAAUUCAUCUGCCUCCCCCUCUUUUUUCCCAAAUCAUGGACCCUUUCCCUAUUUGCAGCAGCCCUGACUACCUCUAAAUAAUGAUCAGUCCCUUACUGCAAGCUGUUUUUGUAAUUAUUUUUCUUUCCCUUCUCUCUUGCGAUAAAAAGAAAAUGUAUGCAUACUGGCAAUUACGUACAUCUUCUCAAAAAUUGUACCAUUUUUACUUUUCCCUGCUUAUUGCAUGUGAAUUCUAUAUCCUACAGUCAUUUGGUAUACUAUAGACGUGUAUGGCAGUUAGAGAUGCAGCUUCUUAAUUUUUGCACCAGGCACUGUGAUCUUUUGGGUGUGUGUCAUAAUAAACUCAUUGAAAAAACACAGACCACAGUGUUACACAUACAUUAGUGCUCUUUGUACAGAUAAGCUUAUUCUUACCUUCAUAACAAUUCUAACUCACCAAAAUUUAUUUUCCUAGUUCAAUAGUCGUCGCCUAGUACUAAAGGAGGGUAAAGUAUCCCAGCUAAGCAUUGCUCUUUCACUGAGGAAUGCCCAGAUACUUACAGAUGCAAUAUGGGCAUCAUCUUUAAGAGAUUCCUUAAAGAAGAAAUUUCUGUUGGAUGUUGCAGCGCAGUGUGAAAAUCUUGGAAAGACUGAAAAGGGUGGGAAGCCUGCUGUCCUCAAAGACAAUUAUGAGGCCUUGCGUACCUUUUCGUGGCUAAAAGUUGUGGAGGAAGGUCAUAGGAGGUGUCCCGAUGUCAUUGACUUCAUUUUGACAAUAUGCGCACCAGCACUUUGGGAGACAGUAAAUAAAACUAAGAAAGGAGAAAGCAGGAUACCAGCAAUUGGUCUGGCAUAUGCAGUGAUGAUGCUUCAGGCUAACCAACAGCUCAGCCUGGUGCAACGAAUGAACACCUUGGUUCUUUGUCAUGGGCAUGCAGAGAAGAUAGUAAGUUUCUUUUUUUAUCUGACAAAUAAACAAUGUCUGAGGCAUGCAUUGUGUUACAGUGUACCAGUGUCAUAAUAAUCUGUACUGGGUUAAUGAUAGUUAAAAAAAAUUUUUGAUGUUGAGACAGUGAUUUUAGAUUAUUACCCAAUGCACAGCCUUUUCACCCUUUACAGCCAUGGAUAGCUUUUUUUUCUCCCUUUUUUAGGACUCUUCAUCAUGGUUGAUGACUUUUGGUCGUAUUGACAAUUCUAUAUUGCUAGACCUUAUGUUCUUUGUGCAAUACCUUGUAACUCUGUCAACCUGUAGCACUAAUUUCCCAUCAAAACAAGAGGAUCAUAUAUAAAAUAAUGCAUUUCAUCAGGUUCUUUUCCGCGAGGGGGGGGCUACUUGGGUUAAUUUUCGCUUUGUAAGUGCCGCUGGCCUCUCAGAGCCCCUACCCCAUUAUAGCCUAUUCUGUGGCCAAUUUAUAUAGACCCCAUCUUAGUCACUUUUGGGCAAAUAUGUAAUUUUCGCAAUCCCAACUUAGUCACUUUCUAUUUAUGUAUCUAUCUUACAUUGAAUGAAGAACACUUCACUUUUCAACUACAGUGCAAACAUUCUGGUACGUUCGCUAACCGUAAAGAUGAAGAACUGCCUAACCCCAAAAAUCAGAAAAUGUGCGACCCCAUUCUAGUAACUCUAUUGAAAAUGCGACCCAUUAUAUUCAGUCCAGUCGUGAAAAUGCGACCCCAUCCAGCGGCACAUCCACAUUAGCCUCUUAUUUGGAAGUACCUCCUCCGGGGUUCUUUUAGAGUUUUAUUUAAUUUGAUGAUGACUAUCAUUUGUUUUUUUCAUUUCAGACAUGGACGUUUAGAAAAGCAAGGGGUUUUGUUGUCACACACCUUUAUGAUCAAUCUACUGGACCUCAUUGGAGGACACUUUCAUGACAAAAUUGUUGAACUGGUCAAAGCAGGAAAGAAAUCCUACACUGUUAAUGACAAUUUGAACUGCAAAACAACAGUGUAGAGCACGAGGGUAGAUCACAGGAACAAGCAGCACAACUGGUUUGCAAGCAUUAGGCCACUUGCUGACAUUCAGAAUUUUUCUAAUGAGAAUUACCUCCUUACCUCAGAGGAAAUCAAGAAACUUCAGUCAGAUUUCAAAGUUCUUGUGGGGAGAAUCUUUUUAGAAUUCUUCAAACAACCUCAAUUUGCAGCAGUUAAGAAGCUGGUACCACAGCACAUUCUGCACAGGUACACUAAAGAAAUGAGCUCAAAGUCAGAAGUGUUACCACUGCCAAUUCAAUUCUAA